AUGGAGGCGUACCUCGUGGAGGUACACAAAAUGGAGAAGCAGUUCCUGGGUCUGGAGCUACAACAUGUGCCCCGCGGCACGAACAAGGAAGCUGACGAGAUCACCAAGAGGGCGUCAAAGCGUUGGCCUCAGGAACCAGGAGUCUUCGAGGAGCGUCUCUUCAAGCCCUCAGCGGCCCCACCAACCGCCAAACCUGGGCCACCUCAGGAGGAGCUCCCCUCACCGCCGACUUCAGGAGCCUCCGCCUGUGGCCCGACCUUGGGAGCACGUCUGCUCCUGGCACUCAGGCCUCGGGAGGGGUGCUGGAUCGAAGAGUUCAAGGCAUACUUGACGCAGGGCACGUUGCCGGAGAAGGAAGAGGACACAGAGCGUGUGGCCCGGCAGGCCACGGCGUAUUGCAUUUAG